AUGGCAGCACUUACAUCCCGACGGCUCUGGAGACACAGAAAACAAAAAACUCAGCAGGACAUCUACGGGAGGAUCAUCAUCAAACUCACACCACCACCCCACCGACUACUACUCCAGGCCCUCUCAGCGUUGAACAUUGCCAACCCAGCCACUGGCUGCCAGAAGACCAUCGAUUUCGAUGAUGAGCGCAAGACUCGCAUCUUUUACGACAAGCGCAUCUCCGCUGAGGUUGCCGUCGACUCUCUCGGUGACGAGUUCAAGGGUUACGUCUUCCGCAUCACCGGAGGUAACGACAAGCAGGGUUUCCCCAUGAAGCAGGGAGUCCUCCUCCCCUCCCGUGUCCGCCUCUUGUUGUCCAAGGGUCACUCGUGCUACCGCCCCCGCCGCACUGGUGAGCGCAAGCGCAAGUCCGUCCGCGGAUGCAUCGUCGCCUCCGACAUGUCGGUCCUCUCUGUCACCAUUGUCAAGCAGGGUGAGCAGGACCUUCCCGGUCUUACCGACACCACCGUCCCCAAGCGCCUCGGACCCAAGCGUGCCAACAACAUCCGCAAGUUCUUCAACUUGACCAAGGAUGAUGAUGUCCGCAAGUUCGUCAUUCGCCGCGAGGUCCAGCCCAAGAACGCCGAGAAGAAGCCCUACACCAAGGCCCCCAAGAUCCAGCGUCUUGUCACCCCCGUUGUCCUCCAGCGCAAGCGCCACAUCUUGAACUUGAAGAAGCGCCGUGCCGAGAACGCCAAGGAGGCCGAGGUCGAGUACAAGGCUCUCCUCGCCAAGCGUGUCAAGGAGGCUGCCGAGAAGCGCUCCGAGAUCAAGAAGCGUCGCGCUUCUUCCCUCCACAAGGCUUAA